CGCCCCGCACUGGUGGGACCAGCUGCGGGCUGGCAGCUCAGAAGUGGACUGGUGCGAGGACAACUACACCAUCGUGCCUGCCAUCGCCGAGUUCUACAACACGAUGCUGUGACAGAUGCAGUCCGUGGAGGUGGCCACCCUUCACCAGUCGUAGAGCCUGUUUCAGAGCAUGCCGUCAGGUGUGGACAGGUGCCCACAGAGGAUGAGCUGGUGCAGGGCUGGGUGUUUUCAACAGCAGUAACUGAGAUUCUCCAUUUGGAAGUGGAGAGUACUACUAAGGAUUUCACCAGAGUUAAAGAAGAAAUGACAGCUUGCGGACAGGUUCUCACACACCCAGCAAGAUCAGCAACGCCUUGUUUUUCAUUUUACCGCCCAUCUGCAUGUGCUUGUUUCGUCAGUAUGCAACAUGCUUCAACAGUGGCAUCUACUUAAUAUGGACUCUCUUAGUUGUAGUGGGAAUUGGAUCUGUCUACUUCCAUGCAACCCUUAGUUUCCUGGGUCAGAUGCUUGAUGAACUUGCCAUCCUUUGGGUUCUGAUGUGUGCUCUGGCCAUGUGGUUCCCCAGAAGGUAUCUACCAAAGAUCUUUCGGAAUGACAGGGGCAGGUUCAAGGCGGUGGUCUGCAUCCUGUCUGCAGUUACAACAUGCCUGGCGUUUGUCAAGCCUGCCAUCAACAACAUCUCUCUGAUGACCCUGGGGGUUCCUUGCACGGCGCUGCUCAUUGCCGAGCUAAGGAGGUGUGACAAUGUGCGUGUUUUUAAGCUGGGCCUCUUCUCGGGCCUCUGGUGGACUCUCGCCCUCUUCUGCUGGAUCAGUGACCGGGCCUUCUGUGAGCUGCUGUCGUCCUUCCACUUUCCCUACCUGCACUGCGUGUGGCACAUCCUCAUCUGCCUGGCUGCCUACCUGGGCUGCGUGUGCUUCGCCUACUUUGAUGCUGCCUCCGAGAUCCCGGAGCAAGGCCCGGUCAUCAGGUUCUGGCCCAGUGAGAGAUGGGCCUUCAUCGGCGUCCCCUACGUGUCCCUUCUGUGCGCCAACAAGAAAUCGCCAGUCAAGAUCACGUGACGGCGGGGCGGUGGCUGGCCUCUCUGCCUAUGUUCCCUCACAGCCCUCCACUUCAUCUGCCAGCGGGGUUCGCAGAGUCGGGGGUGGGGUCUGUCUUUUAAAAGUUCUGUUCCCCUGGGUUCUAACUAGUGUGUCUGUGGACCGCCAGGACUCCACGGUGCCUGGGGAGCAGCGGGGGUCUUGGCCUUUCCCAAAGCUGGGAAUGGAGGGCCGAGGGGCACUAGGCGUGUCUUCUCCGCGUCCCCUCCGGGCCGCAGUGCGCCUGGGGCUGCAUGCGUCAUGGUGAUGGCAGAGCCAUCCUGAGGCGGACCCAGCGCUGCACACGCCUCGCUUCCUGGAGAGAAUGUGUUCCAGACCCAACUGGUCCAUGUGCUCUCGGAGCGGACCUUCCCGUGACAGACAAAUCCUGCGCCAGACAAGACCCUCUGACUGUCUGAUGGAAGAGGCCAGAGGUGGGGACAGUUCAUGUGGGGAAACUGUCCUAAAACGAAAGCAAACAAAUGGAACUCACACAGGGCUUGUGGCUAAGGAGGCUGGUUUCCCCCUUGCAGCUCUCUGUAACCCAGCGUUUACAUGCGUGUGUGAAUCCUUUUCCUGCUACCUCUGCUGAGAGAUGGAGACUUGACUUCAGAUCAGGGUGAAGCUAACAAGAAAAACCCUGUAUGCCAAAAAACACACUCCACUUUAAGCCAUUAUUGAAGAUAAACACAGUUUUUAAAUGCUGACGUGGUCUCCCCUCUCCGCCCCAGUAGCCUCAAGCACACAGAGACGUCUAGCUACGGGUGGGUGAGUUCCUACAGAGACCUAACCCCGCCCCCACCUUACUGCUUGACCUCUGUGACAUUGCCAAAGGCCUGUGACAAUCGUGGUGGGGGUCCUGGUUCAAAAUUUGGAGCAAGCAUGAAGUUUUAGAAGUUGUUCUCAUUGGAAGCCUCCUGUAUGUUGUCGAAUUCUGGAAAUUAUCCUCAAGAUUUUGCCGUUUCUUUCUUUGAUCUUUACUGUGGGAAUUACACUCAGUCUUCUCACAGCAUGAGGUGCUUCCUGUGGUUUCUCCCACUUGCUUUUCCUAAGUGCUGGCCGGCACUACACACUGGCUGCUUUGGGUGCAGCAGGGCAAAUCUCUUGCCUUCUGAGUUUUUCUCACCUAAAGUGACACUGGCUGCAACUCCUCUCCUCUUCACUGGGCUGAAGGGAAGACUCUGCACGUGUCUUCAAGGUGUGAGGUGGCUAUUCAUGACCUCAGGGAUACUCAUUUUAACUCAGGCAUCUCGCGCUUUGCACCAUUUCACGUGGGAGAGGGCAGAACAGCUGUGUCCUUCUUGUGUGGAUGGGAAUCCCAUCACUGUCCUAAGUAUUUAAGAGUUGGGCAGUAGCAAUUUUUGGCUUGUCUCGGAACUCUUACUCUGAUUAGAAUUUGCACAGGAUCGAAGGUGAAAAGUCCGAGAAGCAGAUGAAUUUAGACUUUAGAAAUGAGUGACUUUAUUCUAUUCCUAUGGUUUUCAAAUUAUUUUAGCAGGCAGAACCCUGUUUGCAGUAAGAAAUCUUUUUGGAACCCUAAUGUGUGAAGUCAGUUGUAUUUUAUUAGCUUAAAUUUAUUUUGAGGUUAAGCUUAUAGCAUUUUGUGAAUACUAUAGAAGGCAGUGAAAAUGCAAAUGAACAAGUUGGUGGUUUCCAAGGUAGAAACAUUUAGUAUUGAAUGAGUAUACAUGUUGCUUUAUUAUAGUUAAAAAAGCAGUAUUUGAAUUAAAUACUCGUGGAAUCUUUAAUGUACUGAUAUGAGACCUAGGUGGCUUGUGGAACAGGGUUGGAAAACUACUCUUAAGUCCUUUGGGGUUCAAGUCUAGAAUGUUCUUUAAAGGGAAAUGUCAGACCAUCCUCUCUUCAGAUUGACCCACCAGCCAUGGAUUCUGGUCUUAUCCAUCCUGCAGUAUAAAAAUGCUCCAAGUAGGGAGUUUGUUGUAUUUUAAGCCCAGCUCUUUUAGUGGGGAAUAGUCAAUAAGGAGAAGCAGAGAGUGCAGGAAAUGUUUUGUGUGUGUGAGGUUUAAUUUGUCUUGAAAGUUCCUUAGUGAUAGGGGCAUUGUCCCAACCAUUAAGGAGGGACCAUUUCUCCCUAUGAAGUGAAGGGUGUGUUCCCUGGGAGACACCACCUCCAGCCCCCAAGGCUUUGACCUUGCCCUUCUGGAAGGUUCUGAGUGACCUUUGGAAAUAGGGAUAAAUGUGACUGCUGAAAGUAAGGAAGUAAGUACACUAACUCACAGGGCUAUUUCUGUCCUCCUUCUACGAGACAAAUGACUAAGUUAAGUUUCGGAAAGGAUGCUUUUGUAAUGAAAACCAGAAUGCCCUUCUAGAGAUUGGUUUUAAUGAGAUGAGGGCUGAGAAAAAAGUGUGGAUUGGGGUAUAUUUGAGGAAGACAAGACUUAACGCUACUUUGGAACAGAAAUCACUAUGUUUGCCAGCGUGGGAUGGUAAAUCAAGAGAGUAGGAAUAUACCAAUCUUACUUUAAGUUAGGUUUAUGGCAUCAUGCUCUUAUAGCACUACAUGCUUUUUAAAGAAAAUAGGGAUAUUAAGAAGAGUUGAUGGAGAAGAAAAAAAGUAAUCUGUAUUUCUAUAGCUCAAGGACUACAACCAUUGUUAAUAUAUUUUGGUUUCUUUCCUUCUCAUCUUUUUUUUUUUCUCCUAAUAUAGUUGUCAAUAGAUGUCUUUUAGAGCUGACAGUUGAUCUUGUACCUUGAAUGGAAUAUAAAUGCCAGUUGUAUAUUUUUCCUAAAGGGCAGGUUUGGGAUUACGAGGAUUAGCUAUACUCUUGAGUGUUCCUCACUGGAUUCUAAGACUUACUACUGAGUCUUCCCUUUUAAAUGAGCCUCACACGAAUGGGCCCUAAGAAAUAAUGAACGGAACUCUACUUUUUUGAUAUGCUUCUGCACUUAGAUGGACAAGUCAUAGAAAACAGCUGUUAAAUAUAUGGUUCUACAGGUUUUGAUGUUUUCAGAUUUAAAAAAAGUGAAUCGCUUAUUUCAUUAAUCGAUGUGCGAUCUUUUGUUUUCCUCCUGAUAAUUCAGCGAAGUGGAGAUUUGACAUUUAGAAGUUAGGUCGUGGCAGUUACUCAGCAUGGCUAUUAGAUAUUUGUUCUGGUUAGUAUUUGCCUAAGAUAGAUACCCAGCAGGAACUGGAUUUAGAAUAUUAAAAACAUUUAUUUACCAAGUGAUAAUUUCAGUUAAUGAUUCUUGUUUUAUAGUGCUUGAUGAUUUUAGUAUUUUCUCCCCUUUACUAUUAUAAUAUAAAACAAGCACUUCAGUGAAUAUAUUGCAGGUGUUUGGAGAUGAGAUAUUUAUAUCUGUUUGGUAAUAGGCUACGUUUGGGGGGAACUCUGUGCCUUUCCCUCUGAAGAGUGCCUAUAAAACAUUAACUGUGGAUCAGAGAUGUUCUGUUGGGGGACUGAGUUUGAUGGUCAUCAAGCACAGGCUUUGUAAAAAUACCAUCACCUGUUCUAUUUAUUGGAUUUCUCAGGUGUGUGAAAACUGCUUACUAGUUCAUCAUGCUUAUGUGAGCCGGUACCAUACUGGAGGCUCCAAAAUUGGGAUGUGGUCCUUCCCUGGCCCUUCAUCCCUCAGGGCUGACGUGGAACCAUCUCUGGGGGACAGGUGAGGGCUGAAGCUUGCCUGGCCAGAGCCCCUCUCAUAGUUCCUAAUUCCCAAAUGAACGUGGAACCUUUAAUAGCCAGCUCUUUGCCUGGGUGCUGCCAAUCCAGCUGGUCAAAGAGGAGUCUUGGGCCAGGUUGGAAUUCUCAAUGGAUUUUAUAGACAUAGUUCUCCUACAGAUUUUUUUUUAAUGGCCCCUACUCUAAGGGACUAAUUGUUUGAAUUGUAUCUUUCCCUAUUUGUUAAACCAGAUUUAAGACCAUUUCGUAACCACAAUAUGUAAUCAGAGCAAAUAGAGUAUUUUCAGAUGACCUUGUUUUAUACUUCAUAUGGGGUGUGCUGUAUAAGGGUGGUAGGCCCACUGGCUGGGGUAGCAUUUAAUCUCCAUUACUUUAGGAAUAAUUUAAGGCCUUUUGAAAUGGAGCUUUUGCACUUUAUGCUGUUUUCGUGAACUGUCUGUGAUGGCUGUGUUUGAUAUUAAAGCAUUUUCUGUGAAUACAUGUGUUUGUGUUUAUUUCCAAAAUGAUUUCUGCAGCAGCUGCAGUGAGAAAUACAUUUAAUGGAUUGUA